AUGGCCGAGAAGACGUCAAGUUCCAGCUCAAACCGCGUCUACCAUGCGCUCGACACCAUUCUCAAGCUUGCCGCUGUGGGCGCUCUGUGGGCUAUCUUCGCCAUGCUUCUCGACAUCCGCAACGCCACGAUCAGCAAGGAGGGCAACGGCAUCAGAGUGAUUGUCACCUCUUUGAGUUCGAUGCGGGUCUAUCCUGGCAGCUCGUCGUCCUGGGAUUUUGGAAGGGCGGACAAGAAGAUGAAGGCUUGCUUGAGAACCUAG